CCUUCGAAUUCUUUUCUUCCCCUGUGUUGUCUCACUCGCGUCCACCUGCCUUGUAUCGAUUCUGUCGCCCCUCCGAUCUUCCGUCGCCAUCGCCGCCGCCCACAUCCAUCAAAACCCACCCCGGGGGAAUCCGUCCAAUGUCCUCCGCGCUCGGCCCGGUUCGUGGAUGUUGCUGUUUUCUGUGGGAUCUCUGACCAGUCUAUGAAUCACGAUCGAACUCUCUCUCUCUCUCUCUCUCUCGCCCGCCCUUUCGACUUGAGACGGAGAGCCGAGCGAGAACCCACGACGGUCAGACAGGCGACAACAGGGAACCCACCCAAGUCAGCCACCCAUAGGUCAAAGCACGCGCCAGUCGUCUGUUGAGGCAAUUCACACUCGCCCACUCACAUACACACACACACACACACACACUCACUCACUCACACACAGCCAUCAUGGCCUCCCUCGCAUCGGCCUUCUUGGCCCGCUUCGCCGUCCUGGCGCUCCUCUUAACCUCCUCCGUCCUGGCAAAGACCAUCGAGCUCGAUUGGAACAUCGGAUGGGUCCUGGCCAACCCGGACGGCGCCUUCGACAAGCCCACCAUCGCCGUCAACGGCCAGUGGCCGCUGCCGCUCAUCGAGGCCGACAAGGGCGACCGCCUCGUCCUCACCGUCCACAACCACCUGGGCAACGCGAGCACCAGCCUCCACUUCCACGGCAUGUUCCAGAACGGCACGAACCACAUGGACGGCGCCGUCGGCAUCACCCAGUGCGCCAUCCCGCCGGGGAAGUCUUUUACGUAUGAUUUCAAGUUUGACCAAGUCGGCACCUACUGGUACCACGCCCACAACGACGGCCAGUACCCCGAGGGCCUCCGCGGCCCCCUGGUCAUCCACGACCCCAAGGGCCCCUACGAGGGCAAGUAUGACGAGGAGCUCGUCAUCACCUUCUCCGACUGGUAUCACCGGUCGACCCGGGCCCUCAUCAAGGAGCUGAUCAGCGUCGAGAACCCCACCGGCGCCGAGCCCGUGCCCAACUCGGCCCUCAUGAACGACACGCAGAACCUCAAGGUCAACGUCCAGCCCGGCAAGACCUACCUCGUGCGCAUGGUCAACAUCGGCGCCUUCGCCUCGCACUACGUCUGGUUCGAGGGCCACCCGCUGCGCGUCGUCGAGGUCGACGGCGUCUGGACCGACGAGGCCGCCGCCGACAUGCUGUACAUCGCCCCGGCCCAGCGCUACAGCGUCCUCCUGACGACCAGGGACGACGCCUCGGCCGGCAACUUCGCCAUCGUCGGUGCCAUGGACGAGGACCUCUUCGACGUCAUCCCCGACGGCCUCAACCCCAACGUCACGGGCUGGCUCGUCUACGACGACCACAAGCCCCUGCCGGAGCCCGCCGCCGUCGACGAGUUCGACCCCUUUGACGACUUUGAGCUGGUCCCUGUCGACCGGGAGGAGAUUUACGACAGGGUCGACUACUCUUUAAGCUUCAACGUCAAGAUGGACAACCUCGGCGACGGCGCAAAUUACGCCUUCUUCAACGACAAGACGUACGUCCUGCCCAAGGUCCCCUCGCUCUACACGGCCCUCACCGUCGGCGCCGCCCACGCCGCGAACCCGCGCGUCUACGGCACCUACACGAUCCCGCACGUGCUCCGGCGCAACGACGUCGUCGAGAUCGUCCUCAACAACGAGGACGACGGCAAGCACCCCUUCCACCUGCACGGCCACCAGUUCCAGGUCAUCCACCGCUCCGACGAGGACGCCGGCGCCUUCGCGAACGGCACCGGCUCCGGCACCGGCGUCGCCUUCCCCCGCCACCCCAUGCGCCGAGACACCCUCCUCGUCGAGGGCAACGGCAACUUCGUCAUCCGCUUCCGCGCCGACAACCCCGGCGUGUGGCUGUUCCACUGCCACAUCGAGUGGCACAUGGACCAGGGCCUCAUCGCCACCAUCGUCGAGGCACCCGAGGCCCUGCAGGGCCGCGCCGUCCCCGAGGACCACCUGGAAGCGUGCCGCGCCGCACGCGUCCCGACCGAGGGCAACGCCGCGGGCAACACCAAGGACCCGCUCGACCUGCGCGGCGAGAACAGGCCCCCCGCCCCGCUGCCGGAGGGCUUCACGCCCAAGGGCUACGUCGCCAUGUUCUUCAGCUGCGUCGCCGCCUUCCUGGGCUUGGCCGUCAUCUCGUGGUACGGAGCCAUGGACUCGGACAAGGAGGCGAGCAUCGAGGACCGCGCCGCGUCCAGAUCCCGGGACAGGGAUGAAUAAAAGCGACAAUGUAUCCGGUGCCAUUUUCCAUGCAUAUAUAUAUACCUUAUACCACGUAGUAUUGAAUUUUCAGCAAAUUGAUGCCAAUUUCUUUGCAUCACCAAUCCGGCAGGGCAGAGGGUUCACAGAGUGACGGCCAGGGGGUAUGGAUCCGAUGGCAGCAUCUGUCACGUCUCUACUCCAGCGGAGGACCCUUAUCUUGGCUUGGGCCAUUCAUGCCCAGUCCCAUCGCACGCCGCGCCUGAAUCAACUUGCGACGGGCUCCGAGUGUGCAAGCAUUACUCGGAUACAAUCACGGUCUGGACACAGUUUGACGAGGGCUGGCCAUGGACGAAGGAGACUUAUUAGGAUUUGAUUAAACCGUCUCCCCAAAUCGUGUAACAACAAGCGCGCUAUCAUACACACGUGAACGCAAACCGCGUCUCGGGCGAAUAGUAAUAAUAAAAAAAACCCUUGCGGUCCGGAGGCCGUCGGGCGUCGGCUUCGCUGCCCUAUGUACAUUCCCCGACGUGGCGCCCGAAUCAGACCGAGUCUCAAAUUACUCGUCCAUCAGACGACCCAAUUCCUUUCGCCAGCACACAACUCAAGAUCCCGGGUCUUUCUUUCUUUCUUUCUU